AUGUCAACGAACGUCUGUGAGGAUGACAUAUUGCUUAAGCCGCCUAUAGAUCAAGAGGACCAGAAUGAUGACCUAAAUGAAAGUUUAAAGGGAAUCCGUACCUCUCCUAUGAUAUUGACAGGCUUACAAUAUAAGGUCGAGGACAGCCCACCAUGGCACACUACAAUGCUACUAGGGUUCCAGCACUACUUAAUGCUGUUGAGCUCCAACCUUGCCACACCAGCAAUAUUUGCUACGAUAAUGUGUGCUGCUGGGAACAAACAAGUGACCUCGACCUUGUUGGGAAACAUGCUGUUCGCCUGUGGUAUUGGAACAGUUUUGCAGACCAUAUUCGGGACCAGACUGCCCAUUGUCCAGUGUCCCGCCUUUGCUUACGUCGUACCUAUGUUGGCGAUGAUAGAGAUUGAGGAGUUCGCCUGUCCAGAUUUUUCCGUUGUUGGUAACGCUACGGCUGGUGGUUUAACGGGAUUAUCAGAGGAUGAAUAUUGGAAAACACGUCUGAAUAUGCUGGCAGGAUCCGGUAUGGUGGCAGCAGCAGUAGAAAUCAUCAUAGGGGCCAGUGGUAUAAUCAACAUUUUACUACGGUAUAUAGGACCGCUUACAGUCGCCCCAACCAUCAUGAUGAUUGGACUGGGAGUCACAAAGCUCGGAUUUAACUUAGCCGGGAAACAUUGGGGUAUUAGUUUAGGAACAAUUAUCCUUAUUGUGGUCCUAUCUGAGUGUAUUCCUAAGUUCUCCAUACAAGUGCCCUGCAGUGGCCCCAAGUACCCGGCGAAAACUGACAUAGUCUUUCACAAAAUGUUCUCGUUAUUUCCUCGAUAG